UCUUCUCUCCCUUCUCUUCUCGAAUGCACAAAAUCCCAGAGGCUUUCGGUUGCUUCUCUUGCGAUUUCAUUCUCUCCACCAUCACCAUGUACUUGGCGUUUGGGGCGAACUUCACUGUUCACACGAUGGAUAGAUCCGAGCUCUUAUUUGAGAAGGGCAUGCGGCUGGCCAUCUCCUUCAAUGGUGACGCCUUCAAUGUCGCUGCUGUUGCGAAUAUGGGAAGAACACAAUGAUGGAAGAUUAGGCGACACCACUGCCAUAUGAUUUCGCGGUCUCCACCAUUGCACCUCGUUCUCUGGAUUGGUCUCUAAAUGCAAGUUGUAGGUCACCUUCCUUUCUCUUACACCUUGCUCCCACCCUUGCUGUUAAUUCUCCACAAUCCUUUUUGGUAACUUCACGGCGCCUUGUCGUCGUUUUAAUGGAUUCCCAUUUUUUUCGGCUCCUGUCUUUUUCUCUCCCUUUUCCUUAUACACUGCACCCUCCCCCGAUAAGGCCUGGGUCCCUCCGUUCUGCAACAGAGCAUCUGUUUGAUAGAACAAGUGUAUCCCACUAAUAUAAUGCAUCGCAAAGGGACAAGACAAACGUUUGGCUUUUCUCUCUUUCUACCCAUUCUGCAGCAGAGCAUCUGCUUGAGAGGAAGAAGAAAAAGUGUAUCCCACACUAAUGUAACGCAUGGGAAAGGGAGGAAAGAGCAUCUGUUUGAGAGGAAGAAGAAAAAGUGUAUCCCACACUAAUGUAACGCAUGGGAAAUGGAGGAAAGAGCAUCUGUUUGAGGUAUCCCAUUGAUACAACCGCAUGCGAAGGGGAGAGAACACACCUAUAUAUACACUUUCUCUCUCUCUCUCUCUCUCUCUCUCUUUGUGUGGCUGUUGGCUGUGGAAAUUCAACCAUGUUCCUUGCUAGAUACCCAAACCUCCACCCCACGAAGGGCCAUCAUCUCCGAAAUCGUCACAGGAGACCAACCUCAGCCAGACCCUCUGCAUCAUCACUAGGCUUUUCCGUUCCUCUUCAUCCAGAGGCCAAGAAUCCUGCUCUGGGGCACCAAGAAGAUAUGAAUUUGAGGAUGAACGGAAUGAAAGAGAUGUUUCGUAAUCUCGAAGUGUCUAUUUCUGCGUAUGACACUGCUUGGGUCGCCAUGAUCCCAUCAUCUUCUGCAGGUUCUCCUCUUUUUCCUCAGUGCCUUAACUGGGUACUUGAGAACCAGCGACGAGAUGGCUCCUUUGAUGAUCUCCACGACGAGCAUCCCUGUCUUCUCAGGAGCUCUCUGACCUCCACCUUGGCUUGUGUUCUUGCUCUCAAGAAGUGGAACGUUGGGGAUAAAUACAUUGAAAAAGGUCUAUACUUCAUCGAGUCCAAGUUUGAGGAUGCAGAUAAAUAUGAGGAACAGCAUUCUCCAAUUGGUUUUGACAUUAUUUUUCCUGGACUUCUUGAAUAUGCAAGAGACCUGAACUUGAAUUUUCCUUUAAGUGCAAGCCAUGUUCGCCGCAUGCUUGAUAAGAGAGACUCAGAGUUUAGGAGAAUCUGUCAUAAUACCUCGAAAGGGAAGAAGGCUUGUUUGGCAUAUCUUGCAGAAGGAUUAGGCCAGUUGCUAGGCUGGGAAGAAGUGAUGAAAUAUCAGAGGAAGAACGGAUCUCUUUUUAAUUCGCCAUCAGCCACUGCAGCUGCUCUUAUUAAUCUUCAAGACACAAGAUGUUUUGAGUACUUAACAUCUCUUUUAUGUAGAUUUCAGAAUGCAGUUCCAACCAUUUAUCCUGUUGAUAUAUAUGCCCGUCUAUUGUUGGUUGACAACAUUGAGAAGUUGGGAAUUGAUCGGUAUUUUAGAAACGAGAUUAACACUAUAAUGGAUGAUACUUAUAGAUGUUGGUUGGAAAAUGAUGAAGAUUUAUUCUCGGAUGUAACCACAUCCGCCCUUGCAUUUCGACACCUUAGGAUGAACGGGUAUGAAAUUUGUUCAGAUGUUUUUGAUGGGUCCAAUGAAGUGAUGCUUUCGACCUCAAUGGAAGGACACACAUCUGAUAUAAGUGCUGUGUUAGAAUUAUACAGGGCUUCACAAAUUACUGCUAGCAGAAGUGAACCAGCUCUUCAAAAUCUCAAAUCCUGGUCGAGUGAUUUUCUGAAGAAAAAGCUUUCCAUGAUUAAUCAAAGGGAUGAAUUCACGAGAGUGAUAACCAAAGAGGUGGAUUAUGCCCUCAAGUUUCCUUACCACAUGAACCUGGAACGUCUUGCAAGCAGGAGAAACAUAGAGAACUGCAAUGCUGCUUCUAUCCACAUUCUAAAAGCACCAUACAAGAUCAACCAUGUUAACCAUAAGGAUUUCAUGGGGUUGGCCAUUAAAGAUUUCACCUGGUGCCAAUCUCUAUACCGUGAAGAACUACAGCAACUGGAUAGAUGGGUUGAAGAAAACAGAUUGCAUCACCUUACGUUUGCCAGGCAAAAACUGUCCUACUGUUAUUUCUCUGCAGCAGCAACACUUUUUGCUCCUGAAAUGGCUACUGCACGCAUGUCAUGGGCCAAAAAUGGAGUCCUUACAACUGUAGUUGAUGACUUUUUUGAUAUUGGCGGCUCCAGAGAAGAGCUGGAAAAUCUUAUAGAAUUAGUUCAAAAAAUGGAUGCAAGCUCACCUGCUGAUUGUUGUUCUUCACAAGUGGAGAUCAUAUUUUCUGCACUCUGCAGCACAGUCAGUGAUUUAGUUGCUGCAGCCAUGUCUUGGCAGGGAAGAAAUAUUAGAGGCCAUCUGAAGCAAAUAUGGCUUAAUCUGCUAAGGUCAAUGAUGAAAGAGGCUGAGUGGAAAAUAGAUAAGAAGGUGCCUACGCUGGAUGAAUAUAUGACAAAUUCAAGGGUAUCAUUUGCCUUAGGACCAAUCAUUCUGCCUGCACUCUAUUUUGUUGGGCCAGUAGUUUCAGAUGAGGUAAUAAAUCUUCCUGAAUACGAGCAACUUUUCCUACUUACCAGCACAUGUGGGCGCCUCCUCAAUGAUGUUCAAGGUUUUCAGAGAGAAAGCAGUGAGGGGAAGUUGAGCAGCAUAUCAUUGUAUAUGAGAGAGCGGGCGUGUGCUUCUGAGGAGGAAGCAAUUAGACAAAUAAGGAGCAUCAUAGAUGAGAGCAGGCAGGAACUGCUGGGUCUAGUUGUGAAAAACAGUGGCAGUGAGGUCCCUCGAGCAUGUAAAGAUCUGUUCUGGAAGAUGUGCAGAAUCCUUCACCUCUUCUAUGCCAAUUGUGAUGGGUUCACCUCCCCAAAAGAAAUGAUGGGUGCCAUUUAUGCAGUCAUUCAUGCGCCUCUUGAUCUUUCUUCUGCCUAGCAGAUGAUUGCUUAGAUUUGAUUUUAAUAUUUAAGACAGCAUCUUUCAUUCCAAUAAUAUUGUACUCAUAAUUAUUCAGAAACGUAGAUAUUCUAUACAUUGGAAGCAUUGGUUGGCCAA